UUGUUUCUAAAUGACUUUCUCUCUCCUCCAUGGCCCAUGGUUGUUUCUUUUAUUAUUUCUCACCCAGCUUAUUUAUUGCAGCCUGGUCUGGAUUAUUGGGAAGAAAGAAUCUAUGUUGUUUGAGAAAGGCCUUGGUGAGGAACUGGAUGAUGUGACACUCUUGAACUACAGGACAUUUAGUUUCAUGUGUAGGUCAUAGCUGGGAUCAUGCCCUAAGAAAGUUCUACCUCUGUCUUACUCUGACAUUCUUUCACAGCAAAAUUACUGUUUAAGGCCAAUAUUUGAGUUGUAUCUGAGCCAGAUAGAACAGAUCUAAAUUAAAGCCCAGAUGCACAAGGCUGGAAAGGACAACACACAAAAGCAUAGCUGGCCAUUAGUUGAUAAGGCAUUGAGAGCUGUGUACAUGGAGCCUUCUGUUGCUCAGAGGAGAGCAACACAAUUUGCAAAUUGCUUGUGAUGAUUAUCAUCAGUCCAGAAGAAUGAAUAACAGCAGUCUGUAAGGGCAAUUAAGUUACCAUUUAAUAGGAAAGGAAAUGCUGUCCCUAGCAGGAAAUACCUCUGUUACACCACGUGCUCAAAAGAAAGCAGGACUCCAGUGUGCACUUGGCUGUCUUCGCUAUCAGCAGCUGAGUGGCCUUGGAGAAGAUCACAGAAUUGUCAGGGUUGGAAGUGAUCCCAAAAAUCAUCUAGUUUCAAGCCCCUGCCGUGGGCAGGGACACCCUCCACUGGAUCACAUUUUGACACAUGUAACAAACCUCCCCUGUCUCCAGAAAUUUUAUUUUCCCUGAUUAGAUGGAAGAAGCUGACUGCAGAGCCAUUUCAUGGGUACCUGUGAGAUCUGGGUAAAGGCAAGAGUUUCACUGGUGGUGGAGGAGAUAAGAUUCAGAUCCAUUUUAAUCAGUACUCAGUUAGGCCAGCAGCCCUUCAUUAUUAAUUGCAGGCACUAAUAAUUUUUCUUAAAGCUUGUUCUUACUUCCCCUGUGGAAUGGAGGUGACUCAAGUCCAGUAAGUCACCAUAUUUUUCCACACAAACUGGUGUAAGUUUUCUGCUCCCAGCGUACUGAAUGCUAUCAUGCUAGGGACAUUUGGAUCUCACUGAAACACUUUGAUUGAGGCAUCUGAAAUAUACAGCCUCCCUUUAUAACCCAUGGAGAUGAACAGACAUCUCCAGAGCAUGAUUUAACACACCUGAAAUUGGAACCAUCCAAGAAAUGCCUCUUUCUCUCCACUGAUUAGAAAAGGAGCCUCAGGCCUCAUGACUCCUCCCUUCCAACCCGAAGAAAGUGCCUGAUGUUACUUGUGGCAAAGCCAGAUCACAGACAUUAGAAGGCAAAGAACUUACAAAGUCUGGGCAUCUUAGAGGAUCACAGACUUAUGAGGUUGUUUUUUGAUGGGCUCCCAGCAUUCAGGGAUUCAAAGCUCUUCAUAAAGGAUCUGCAUUUUGAUGAGGUGCCAGUGAGGAUUUACCUCCCAAGAGAACCACCUGCGAGCAAACGGAGAGGAGUCAUCUUCUUCCAUGGAGGAUGUGGGAUCUUUGGAAGCAUCAGAAGCCAUGAAAGGAUCUGCAGGGCUAUAGCCAGCAAAUCUGAUUCAGUGGUUGUGUCUGUUGGGUAUGUGUUAUCUCCUGAGCACAAGUACCCAGCCCAGAUCCUGGACUGUCUCACUGCCACCCUGCACUUCCUGAAGGCUGCAGAAAACUACGGGGUGGAUCCCGAGCGGGUGAUUGUCUGUGGGGAUAGUGCAGGGGGCACCUUUGCUGCCAGUGUUUGCCAAGAACUGGUAAACAGAAGAGAGGUGCCAAAGAUAUGUGCCCAGGUACUGAUCUAUCCCUUUGUCCAAGCACUGAACUUUAAUCUGCCGUCUUACCAGCAAAAUGCUUUCAUUCCCUUCUUGUCCCGAGAACGCACAGUAUGUUUCAUUCUGAAGUACCUGCAGAAGGAUUACUCUCUGAAGGAAGCCAUCCUGGCAGGUUCUCAUGCUCCUGAGAGUAUCACCUUGAAAUACAGGAAAUGGAUAAACCCAGAUCUUAUCCCAGAGACAUUUAAACUGGGCUAUAAAGCACCGAUACCCUCUUCAUUUUUACCUCAGGCCUAUGAGGAAACAAAAGAACUGUUUACGACAAGACUUUCCCCACUGUUAGCAGAAGAUGCUGUUGUUUGCUGCCUCCCUGAUACUUGUAUCAUCACCUGUGAGCACGAUGUGCUCAGAGAUGAUGGAUUGUUGUACAAGAAACGCCUAGAGGACAACAAGGUAAAAGUGACCUGGCACCACAUGACAGAAGGCUUCCACUGUGUCCUGGCAUUUUUUGGUUACAGUAUUUUCUCUUUUCCAUCCUCAAGUAAAAUGGUGAACCACAUUGUAACCUUUAUAAAAGGCUAUUAAAAUGUUCCUCCUAAUACACUGAGCUGGUAUGCAGAGGGAGUGUCUUUCAACUGACUAUCCACCAGCUGUUUGUACCCAGAAUCUAGGCAAGAAAUAGUAAGUGAAGAUUAGCAUGGUCUGCUGAAUUCUCAUUUUCAGUUGCUAUUACUUGGGAACAUGAUGGUUUUCUGGUUUUGGGGUUUUUUUUACCCAUUAACUGGUGUGCCUGUUUUUCUGUCCUCUUUUUAUGGCAAAGAAUAA